UGGAACAUCGCUUUCGUGGUGAAGAAGUUGUGGCUAUAAAUAUGAAUAUUUUCACAUCUAAGCCAUUCAUUAACUGAGCUACAGAAAAAAACCAUAGAAAGUAACGAUGGGUUACAUUCCCAUACUUCUUUUUUGCUUCUUUUCAUUGCUGAAUAGAGUAACGGCCACAGCCAUUGACAUCAUAAACACAACUCAGUUCAUCAGGGAUGGCGAUACCAUAGUUUCAGCAGAUGGAACCUAUGAAUUAGGAUUUUUCAGCCCUGGAAAGUCCAAAAACAGAUACCUGGGCAUAUGGUAUGGGAAAAUACCAGUUCAAACUGUAGUUUGGGUUGCCAAUAGAGAAACUCCCCUUAAUGAUUCGUUGGGGGUCUUAAAGAUAACAAACAAAGGAAUUCUUAUCCUUCUCGAUCGCAGUGGGAGCGUGAUUUGGUCUUCCAACACAGCAAGACCUGCGAGGAAUCCAACCGCUCAACUUUUGGAGUCAGGAAACCUUGUUGUGAAAGAGGAGGGCGAUAACAACCUUGAAAAUUCCUUGUGGCAGAGUUUUGAACAUCCGACUGAUACGAUACUGCCAGGCAUGAAGCUAGGAAGGAGUAGAAUAACAGGAAUGGAAUGGUCCAUGACAUCAUGGAAAUCAGAAGAUGAUCCUUCCAGAGGUAACAUUACAUGUAAACUUGCUCCUUAUGGAUAUCCUGACAUUGUUGUGAUGGAAGGUUCGCAAGUGAAGUACCGAUCUGGACUCUGGGAUGGUCUGCGGUUCAGUGGCGUGCCUAGCACAAAACCAAAUCCGAUAUACAAAUAUGAAUUUGUUUUCAAUGAGAAGGAGAUAUUUUACAGAGAAAGUCUUGUUGAUAAGUCGAUGCAUUGGAGGCUCGUGACAAGACAGAAUGGUGAUAUCGCGAGCUUUACUUGGAUUGAGAAAACACAAAGUUGGUUGCUUUAUGAAACAGCAAAUACAGAUAAUUGUGAUGGAUAUGCACUAUGUGGUGCAAAUGGUUUCUGUGAUAUUCAAAGCUCUCCAAUGUGUGAUUGCUUGAAUGGAUUUGUACCAAAAUCCCCAAGAGAUUGGGACGUGACUGAUUGGGCAAAUGGUUGUGUUAGAAGGACUCCACUAAAUUGUUCUGGAGAUGAGUUCCGAAAGCUCGCUGGAGUGAAGAUGCCUGAGACAAAAUCAUCGUGGUUUAGCAAGACGAUGAAUCUUGAGGAGUGCAGGAACACGUGCUUGGAGAAAUGCAACUGUACAGCAUAUUCAAAUCUGGACAUCAGGAACGGAGGAAGUGGGUGCUUGCUCUGGUUCGGCGACCUGGUUGACAUUAGAGUUUUUGCUGAAAACGAGCAAGAGAUUUAUAUACGAAUGGCCGAAUCAGAACCAGAUAUUGGAGAUGGUGCCAGGAUAAAUAAAAAAGGCGAAACCAAGAAUAGGAUCAUAAUAAGCUCUGUGUUAUCUACUGGGAUUCUGUUCCUUGGCCUAGCCUUGGUCUUGUAUGCUUGGAUGAAGAAGCAUCAGAAAAACAGACAAAUGACAGAAGCUCUGGAAAGAAGUUCAAAUAAGAUGCAGAGGAAGGAAGAUCUGGAACUUCCAUUGUUUGAUUUCAGUACCUUGGCUUGUGCAACAAAUAAUUUCUCUACCGACAAUAAACUUGGAGAAGGGGGUUUCGGAACAGUUUAUAAGGGAACAUUAGCAGAUGGACGAGAAAUAGCAGUGAAGAGGCUCUCUAAGAUUUCGAGACAAGGUCUUGAUGAGUUAGAAAAUGAAGCCAAUUAUAUUAUGAAACUCCAGCACCGGAAUCUAGUGAAGCUUCUAGGAUGCUGCAUCGAAAGAGAUGAAAAGAUGUUGAUCUAUGAAUUCUUGCCUAACAAAAGCUUGGACUUUUUUAUUUUCGAAAAAACACGAAGCUUUCUACUUGAUUGGCCUAAGCGCUACAACAUUAUCAAUGGUAUUGCUCGUGGACUUCUUUAUCUUCACCAGGAUUCAAGAUUAAGAGUAAUUCAUAGAGACCUGAAAGCCGGCAAUAUUUUAUUGGAUUAUGAGCUGAACCCGAAAAUUUCAGAUUUUGGCCUGGCUAGAAGUUUUGGAGGAAAUGAAAUUGAAGCCAAUACUAAUAAAGUGGCUGGUACAUACGGCUACAUAUCCCCUGAGUAUGCAAAUUAUGGACUCUACUCGGUAAAAUCAGACAUCUUCAGCUUCGGUGUAUUGGUGCUAGAGAUAGUGAGUGGGAACAAGAACAGAGGAUUCAGUCAUCCAGACCACCAUCUCAACCUUCUUGGGCAUGCUUGGAUACUGUUCAAAGAAAACAGGUCUUUGGAACUGGCUGCAGAUUCAAUAGCUAUAACAUGCAAUUUAUCAGAAGUGCUACGAUCAAUUCACGUGGGUUUAUUGUGCGUGCAAGAAAAUCCAGAAAUUAGGCCAACCAUGUCAAAUGUAGUUUUGAUGUUAGGUAAUGAUGAUGUACUGCCUCAGCCUAAGCAACCAGGUUUCUUCACUGAAAGGGAUGUGAUUGGAGCAAACUGUUCAUCCAGCCUCAGCAAACCAUGUUCAGUUAACGAAUGCUCGGUUUCAGAGUUAGAACCAAGAUAGAUUGCUUUUAAUGUUGUCGGUGUUGAUAUUUUGUUUCUCUAUUGUUAUGCCGUGUACUCUUAUAUUCUCGAUAUUGUCCCCGGUGACAAACGUAUCUACCUCAGAACUGCACUGUGUAAGGUCAUUAACGUUGGAAUUAAUUUUGAAGUCUUUGUUUUCUAUUU